AUGGACUUUAGUUCCGACUCCAAGGUACUUAAGAGGCUUAAGGUCCAGCACCCAGCGCUCGGUGACACCGCAGUGAACCUCUUUCAACCGGACCCCAACUGGACGCUGCUGCUGCCGCACGUGCACCUGGUGCUGCUGCAGUCUGCCACCCACUGGCCGAAUGCAGACAAAUGGCUCCGCCGCUUCUUCACCGACCGCAAGUGGCAGCUGCUGCCGCGCCAGCCUGACACCUUUGAGGCGUACUCGGGCGCAAUGAACGCGGUGAGGGAGAGGCUGAGCCGCAAGCCGUCGAGCAAAGGCGGUCGCUACGUGGCCUACUUUCUCUCGGCGCCUCCCCGCCUGGCAGGCUGCCAGAACACCGUCUCUCUCAGCCCCCCGGCGCAGGUGGCUUACCUUCGCUCCAAGAACGCACAGAGCAAGAUCUGGUUCCGCACGCAGAAGCAGCUUUUCGGGCGGCGGAACUCGCGGGUGCGACUCCUUGACAUCACGCACCCGUCGCUCGCGCGUGCCGACGCCAUGAUUGGGUCGCAGGGCAAGGCGAGCAGGGACUGCCUGCACCCGUGCCUGCCCGGGCUGCCUGACAACUGGGUUGACUUGUUUUACGCUGCCUGGAUGGCAGACAAAGGCUUCUGA